AUGGAAGGCACCCCAAUUGUCCUUGACCAAGGUACCGGUUUCGUCAAGAUCGGCCGGGCCGGAACGAACUUCCCAGACCACACAUUCCCUUCGCUUGUGGGAAGGCCCAUUUUGAGAGCAGAAGAAAGAAAUGCCUUGGUGCCCGACAACAUCGAGAUAAAAGACAUAAUGUGCGGCUCGGAGGCCAGUGAGGUCCGUUCGCUAUUGCAGAUCAGCUACCCCAUGGAGAAUGGUAUCAUCAAGAAUUGGGAGGAUAUGGAGCACUUGUGGGAUUACGCAUUCUACGAAAAGAUGAGGACGCCCACGGAAGGCAAGAAGAUUCUUUUGACGGAGCCUCCUAUGAACCCUUUGAAGAACAGAGAAACCAUGUGUGAUGUCAUGUUCGAGAAGUACCAGUUUGGCGGUGUCUACGUCGCUAUUCAAGCCGUGUUGGCCUUGUACGCCCAGGGUUUGAGUUCUGGUGUCGUUGUUGACUCCGGUGACGGUGUGACCCAUAUUGUUCCAGUCUAUGAGUCUGUCGUGUUGAACCACUUGACCAGAAGAUUGGAUGUCGCCGGUAGAGAUGUGACCAGAAACCUCAUCAACUUGUUGUUGCGUAGAGGUUACGCUUUCAACAGAACAGCAGACUUUGAGACCGUGCGUCAGAUAAAAGAAAAAUUGUGUUACGUGUCUUGUGAUUUGGCUUUGGACACCAAGUUGGCCACCGAGACCACUACGUUGGUCGAGACCUACGAAUUGCCAGAUGGUCGUGUCAUCAAGGUGGGCUCCGAGAGAUUCGAGGCCCCAGAGUGUUUGUUCCAGCCCAACUUGGUUGAUGUCGAGCAGCCGGGUGUUGGAGAAACAUUGUUCAACACCAUCCAGGCCGCUGAUGUUGACAUCAGAUCCUCUCUUUUCAAGGCUAUCGUCUUGUCUGGGGGUUCUUCUAUGUACCCUGGUUUGCCAUCCAGAUUAGAGAGAGAAUUGAAGCAGUUGUGGUUGACGAGAGUGUUGAAGGGCGAUCCUUCCAGAUUUGACAAGUUCAAGAUCAGAGUGGAGGAUCCUCCAAGAAGAAGGCACAUGGUGUUCAUUGGAGGUGCCGUUUUGGCCAACAUCAUGUCCGACAAGGACCACAUGUGGAUCUCGAAACAGGAAUGGGAGGAGCAGGGCCCAAGGGUGUUGGAGAAGUUGGGACCACGUUAA